ACAAAACAACAGAUUUGAUGACCUCACCAUGGGCUCUGAGAAAUUGUGAUGUUUUAUAGAUGAAAAAAUUCAUUGAUUAAUUAAGAAAAAAUAAUUCUCUUAAGUUAUGCCAAAUAAAUAACAAGUAAUUGUACGGCAUGGUUUACUAAAUUGUGUGCACAAAUUUGUUAAUCUCUUGGACUCCGUACAUUUAUCCUUUUAUGUAUUUUUUUAUAUUAUGUCUUAUUCCUGAAAACAUAUUGGACGUUUAAACCUUCAUGUAGAUAAUUAAAUUACAUUUCUAGAAAAUACAAAUGAACAAUUAAGUUAAUGGACAAUAUGCCAAACAUGAAAAAAUUUAUUUAGAUAUUAUGAAUGUAAUAAAAAUGUCACUGAGUAAUUGAUUUAAACCAGUAGCACGGCCAACAGUUUUCUGUCUUUCACCACUAUGUGAUGUGGGUUAAUCAAACCUCUCGACGAUCGUUUAGUCGAGUCUUGUUCCGUCAGGUCAGAGGUCAGUCUGCGCGCCUCACACUGUUGAGAACAAGAAGCAAUUCCGUGACAAACAAAAAGUUACUCAGCGAACACCAUCCAGGGUGGUUAUUAAACCUUAAAGCUACAAAAGCUGUUGUGGUUUCUCGUCGUGAAGCUCGCUGAUUGUUGACAGGGUAUCGGUAAGCCUGGCUAGCCUCGUUAGCCACUUUAGCUGGCUAAUGAAGAAGUCCCUAGCUAACUAGCUCAACUUCAAGCUAGCUAACAGAAACGGACAUUUCUCUGAAGGUAGCUCGGCAAACCAACGCAUGCAGACAUGCAGGAGUUACUGGCUAACGUGGAUCACAUUAAGUUCGACCUGGAGAUUGCUGUGGAGCAGCAGUUGGGAGCGCAGCCUCUGCCCUUCCCCGGCAUGGACAAAUCCGGGUCUGCGGUAUGUGAGUUCUUCAUGAGAGCAGCUUGUCUGAAAGGUGGGAUGUGUCCGUUCCGUCAUAUCAGUGGGGAGAAGACAGUGGUGUGUAAGCACUGGCUCAGAGGACUGUGCAAGAAGGGAGACCAGUGCGAGUUUCUCCAUGAAUAUGACAUGACCAAGAUGCCUGAAUGCUACUUCUACUCCAAGUUUGGUGAGUGUAGCAAUAAGGAAUGUCCAUUCCUGCACAUCGAUCCAGAGUCCAAGAUUAAAGACUGUCCUUGGUACGACCGAGGCUUCUGCAAACAUGGUCCCGACUGCAGACACAGACACACAAGAAGGGUUAUCUGUGUGAAUUACCUGGUGGGCUUCUGUCCGGAAGGAAAAUCCUGUAAAUUUAUGCACCCUCGUUUUGAAUUGCCAAUGGGAGCUUCUGAACAGCCUCCUCUACCACAGCAAACCCAGAACCAGACAAAGCCCGUGCCUACCAUCGGCCGCUCGUCACUCUCUCUAAUCCAGCUGACCAACUCCAGUCCAGGCCAGCGGCCGCAGAACAACACAAUGUCGGGUGCAAUGCAGCAAAAUAACAUGACUGCCAACAGAGGUCCUCGUCCACUGGACCAGGUCACCUGCUACAAGUGUGGUGAGAAGGGCCACUAUGCCAACAAAUGCACUAAAGGCCAUCUUGCCUUCCUGAGCGGACAGUAACCUUCCAAACACACCUUGUGGUCCAAACACCACAGUGCUGCAGCUCGCUCUGCUGAUGUGAGCAGAGGAGACAGGAGGAAGCCCCUCCGCUCCACAGGCUGAAGUUAAAGACUUUUUUUUUUUUUUUUGCUUCUUACAACCUGUGGAUAUGUGAAGAUGACAACAAGGAAAAGACAGAGGUCACAUCUGCGCGGCUGUGGCUGAAUGACUCGAUUUGUUGGGUUUUCUACAAUGUUUGUACUGUGUAGCACACUGACUCUGAAGAAGUAGGCAUCAGACCCACUGUCCAGUCUGCAGCAAGUAUCUCCAACAGAGGUGCAGAGCUGUAUUUGGAUUGCAUUUGUUAUACCAGACCAGUGCUGAGCCUGCUAAUUGUAGUAAAUCUGUCUGACAAUGUUAAUAUUAAAAACACAAAACAAAAACAAAUGUGAUUAAUACCAGCAGGAAUGUCAAGUAAUGCUGUUUGUACACAAACUGUGAUUAAUCAGAGCCAAAACCCAUCCUGUGUCACUACCUGAAACCCACUUACCACACACAAUAUUUCACUUGUCAAAAUUUACUCCUCAACCUAAACUAUGUGGUUUUUUUUUUAACUAAAAAUCCUGGAGAUAAAUUGUUAACCAUCAUACAUGGAGGCCAUGUGUUGUUAGAUCUGAACACACAGAUCAUACAGACUUUAACUAAGACAGUGUGUGGGGGUAAAGAACUUUGGCUCAGCUCAAAUUGUAUCCACGGAUAAGUUUCAUUGUUUGACAUAUUCUUACAAUCUGUACAGUGUGUGCAAAUAAAUGUUCUUGUUACAGA